GUUGCAGAUGAGACAAUAUAAAAUCACGACCUGCAGGCUGUUGAGCAACCCAACCCUAAACCACGUAGCUAGACUCAUUAAUUUACUCAACUGUCUACGACGUUAAUCCGCGAGACAAUGGCCAAGGACAUGUAUCUUCUCUGGGGGUCAGGCUCUCCUCCAUGCUGGAGAAUCAUGAUUGCGUUGGAGGAGAAAAACCUGCAAGGCUACCAACAGAAGUUGUUGUCUUUUGAGAAAGGAGAGCACAAAUCGAAGGAGGUCCUCGAUAUCAACCCAAGGGGACAGCUGCCAGCGUUUCGGCACGGGACCAACGUGAUAAAUGAGUCGAUUGCAGCCUGCAUGUACUUGGAGAACCAGUUCAAGUCCCAGGGGAACUCCCUGAUCCCCAGUGACCCGGCAGAACAAGCUCUUGUGUACCAACGCUCGUUUGAAGCACUCAACCUGCAUCAGAAGUUUGUGGACCUUAUUACAUACACUCGACGUACGCCGGAAGAAGAGAGACACGAGGGAGCUGUGAAACGGAACAAGGAGGGAGCGACCGCCGAGUUACAGAUAUGGGAGGGCUACCUGCAGAAGACCGGACCAUACCUGGCCGGGAAAAACUUCACAAUGGCGGAUGUUGUGUUUUUCCCAACCUUGGCACUCGGAUUCCGUCUGGGGUUGAGCCAGACAAAGUACCCCAAACUUAGUGGUUACCAUGAUCUCCUGAAGAGUCGGCCCAGCAUCAAGACCUCCUGGCCCACACACUGGCUCCAGAACCCCUCCACAAUGGACCCACUGAAGGACCUGUGAGGGAACCGGUUCUCCUCGUUCUCCCCCUUAAACCAAGCAAGCUUGCUGUUCCGGACCAAGAUGCUCUUUAGACAAAGUCUACUGAUACAGUAAUAUGCUUGUACUAGUAGGCCUGUAAUCACCUGGCGUAUGCUGUAUCUCAUGUUAACACUUUUUUUAUAUUAAAGAUAAUAAUAAUGAAUGAAUAAAUAAAUUGCUGAGUACUUCGUUAA